AUGUCCACUUGUCGCACCAUCAGCCAAAUCGCACGACCAUCAUCGGCUGCUAUCCACACUAACAACACCAUCACCACCACUACAGCACAUCACCAUGUUCAGGGCAAUGGACGUCAAUCAUCAUCAGCCAUUUCAUCGUCAUCAUCAUCAUCCACUACCCAUGACAGCCUCGUUUCUUCAUCCACUUCAGUAUCCACCUCUGAUUAUAGCAACGAUGAAUUCUCGUCAAUGGGACUUCCCACACUCCAACCACCAGCACCACAAGCAUCAACAGCUCACUUGGCCAUUGGCACUCGAGUGAUUGUGCCUAGCCUAUGUGUUAUUGGCACCUUGCGUUUUCUCGGUGAGACUCGAUUUAAGCCUGGUACAUGGGCUGGAAUUGAGCUCGACGUGGAAGGUGCAGGCAAAAACGAUGGCAGUAUUCAGGGUGUCCGUUACUUUACUUGUUCAGAGCACACGGGUCUUUUUGUCCCCGCCAAUAAGGCAUCACCCCUGCCAAGCGGUAUGGAAGAUGAUGAUUUGGAUGUCAAGAUUGAUUCGGCUCGUUCACCAUCUCGUCACCACCACCAGCUACAACAAAAGCAAUCAACCAUUACGACACAUGCAACAACAAGUAGCACUCGUGCCAAACAUUGUUGCUCUGGCAAGCGGCAUAAUACCACCACCACCACCACAUCAGCGACAUCAUCCAAGCAUGAACCAAAUGCAACCAUGCGGAAAAGCAAAAGCAGCAACACUAAUGUGACAACCGAGGCAUCUCAACAGCGUAGCAUUGCAUCACGUCGUAGCAUUCAUCCCACCAGCAGCAAAUCUACAGCCAUGGCAACCGUAUCCAAGCAACAACAGCGACCUACCAUGCUUCGUAAAUCAAGUGUGCCAUCGAGUACCAAGUCCACGGUGAUCGCUUCACCAGCAUUACGAAGAGCAAGUGAAGGGAGUGUGCUUCGCAAAUCCAGUGUGCCACAUCAACGAUCCAGCAGCAGCUUGAGUACACGAAAAACAGCUGUUCCUAAUAGCACUAAAAGCUCGUUGCCAUCAGCUGCAAGACCUGCAAACAAUCGACGUAAUAGUGAAGGCAAUACGUUACGCACUACGCGUAAAACUUCAGUUCCUGCUGCAUCAUCAACAAGUAAAUCAACCCUUACUCGUCGUAUUAGCAGCACCGAUGUUACGUCUAGCAAGUCAACAGCCACUUUUAAUAAACCCACAGCAUCCAAAUCAACCACAGCAAGAUCCAAUGAGUCACAACGAAGAUCAAGUGCAGCAUCAUCAUCGGUUGUGCCCAUGAAAACAAGCCGUUCAACGACGACACGACGUACAAAGCACACUGUACAUAAACAACAAGCAAAUGCUGAAGAAGAACAAGAACGAUUGAAACGACUCUUGGAAGAGACAAGAAGAGAACAUGAGAAGCUGUGCUUGGAAAUGAGUGGCAAGGAAGCUGUUUGGGAACAAGUGGUAUCAAGCAAGGAAAGUUACGCUGUGCAAGUGCAAGAGCAACAAAAAGAAAUUGAUCGUUUGCAACGGCGGAUACAAGCUUUGGAAUCUGAGGUUUCUCAGCAGCAACAAAAUGUAGCUGCAUCAUCCAAAAUUGAAGAAUACAAGCACACCAUUGAGCAGCAACAACACCGUAUUGAGCGUUUGGAUCGUCAUCUUCAACAACUGCAAGCUAAGCAAUCUGACGACCAACACGCACGUGAUGUUGAGCAACAACAACAUAGGGCGCUUGUACAGCAGUUACGUGAUGCACUUGCUGAACGUGACCAACAAACGGCUUAUUUAGAGAAUGCAUACCAAGAUCUCAAACAAGCUGAAGCCGAUGUACGACGUCAGUGGCGGUUAUCAACGCAAGCGCUUGAAGAAAAACAUGCAAAAGCACUCGCUGAGAAGGAUGCACAUAUUGCUACAUUGACGGCAUCCCUUGAGGAACACAAGCAGCAAUUGAUGAUGCCACCACCACCGCUUCCUUCUCAUGAAGACCAUGCUUCUGUGGAUAGACGACGACGACUAGAGCAUCAAUUACAAUUGGCAACCACCGAAUUGGAUCGUGAACGUAAUGAGAAGCAUGCAAAGAUGGCACACAUUGAACAGCUGACAGCCCAAAUACGACAAAUGCAGCAUGCUGCGGGUGAUUCGCAUCAACAGAUCGCCACCCUGCAGCAAAAGUUGGAUGCCGAAGUCAAGGAUAAACGUCGUAUCAUGGAUGAUGCAACCACCACAAUGACAAAAAUGGCACGUUUGCAAGAUCAGCAUGAUCAAAUGGCCAUGUCAAAGAAUCGUAUCGAACAUGAUCUUGCUGAUGCCAUACGGCGUGCCAAUGCACUUGAAACAAGAAUACAACAACAAGCCGUUGAUCGGUCAUCAUCAUCAAGCAGACAUAGUCUUGAAGCGGAGAAUGCUCACUUGUUACAACGUUUGGCAGAACUUGAAAAGUCUUCUUCCACUUUACGUCGCUUUUCAGGUGGUCCACAAUCACCCGUAUCACCCGUAUCACUCACUUCGUUCAGCAGCCUUCUUGCCACCGCUACCCAACAACAUGAAGAACAACUCUAUUGUGAGAUCUGUGAAGUCUUUGGACAUGAUGUCAUGGGUUGUACCGCCUAUCUCACAACGGCACCAGCUGGGUCUGAUGAUGCCGAUCAUUUGAUGAAAAAUGAGCCAUCUUCAUCGUAUUGCGUCAAUUGUGAUGCAUUUGGGCUCCAUUCUACUGAAGAUUGUCCAAACCAGGAUGAAAUGUUUUAG